GAGUGUGUUUAGUGAACCACACUGACGGCGUGCUCCGCCACUCCGCGACGCAGUUCUUUCCGCCCAGCCAACCGCCACGAGCAGCGAUGCGGACAACGCGAGCACCUCGACGAGCAUCGCCUGCCCCAGAGCAGCAGGACCGCUAGAGGCGCUCCAGGCCGUGGCGCCAUGGGAGUCCGCCCAGGUGCGGCCAGGGACGCCCCGGUGCGCCAGCCUCACCGGCAGAUGGCCUUGGAGGCCACCGUGCUGGCCGAGUACCUCGAGGAGUACCUGCAGCCCAGCGGCAAGCCCUUCGCGUUCGCCCCGUCGCCGUGCCCGGUGUCGCUGCCGUCGCUGCCGUCGCUGCCCCAGGCCGGCAAGGGCGCGGGCACCUUCGCCUUCGAGCAGCCGCAGCUCGCCUGGAGUCGGUCUCUGGAUCGCAAAGUGUUGACCUGGUGCACCGAGAGAGUGCCGCCGGCAGGAAGGGACGACGACGACGCAGUGCAGCCGGUGAAGAGCCGGGAAGCCAGGACGCCGUCAAGGGACGAGCGACAAGCGACGGACCGCGUCGCACCUCCACUGCAACAAGUGGCCACCAACGACCCGGUUGUGACGAGCGCCGUGACGAGUGCCCUGACGAGCGGGGUGACCUGUGACAGCCCGCCACCGCGGCCGGCCCCUGGCAGGGCGUGCCGCGUCCUGGGCGAGGCCGUGCCCGCCGACAGCCCCGCCACCCUGGGCGUGACGUGCUCCGAGACGUGCCACUGCCACCACGGGGUGGCGAGCUGCUCCAGCAGGCAGCUCCUCGACGAGCUCCUCAUGGACAUCUACAAGGUGUCGACGUCCGCCCGGCGGCUGAGCGGCGCGAGCGGCGCCACCCUGACGUCCUCCACCAGGGACUCCGCCUCCUCCGGUGACGAGCGGCCCCUGGCGCCCCUGCGCCAGCGAAGCCCGGCCGAGCUGCGGCAGCUGCUGUCCACGCUGACGGGGAGGGUGGCGGUGGCGGGGACGCGGCUCGGCAAGCACCUGCGGCGCCGGGACCAGCUGCGGUGGCGGCAGGAGCGGCAGCAGGACAUCAUCUCGGCGCACCUGAGCGCCCUCGCCAGCAACGCGGGCAGCGCCCAGGACCCCGGCGCCGCCGGAUUGCGGUUCAGCGUGGCCCCCGCGCCCGGGGACAGCGGUUACACGCAGUGGCUGAGCGCCAUGCAGAUGGUGGCGCGGCUGCAGGGCGGCAUCCCGCCGGAGUUUCGACGAACGCUGUGGCUCACGCUGGCCGACAAGCACCUGCAGCGCCGCGGGGUGGACUGGGCCGAGGCGGAGCGGCUUUGUUUCAGCGAGUGGAGCAACCCGGACGACGACGAGCUGGGCGUGCAGAUUGUCAAGGACCUACACCGCACCGGCUGCAGCAUGUUCUGCGGCCAGAGCAACCAGGCGGUGCUGAAGCGCGUGCUGCUGGCGUACGCGCGCUGGAACAAGGCGGUGGGCUACUGCCAGGGCUUCAACAUGCUGGCCGCCCUCAUCCUGCAGGUCAUGGACCGCAACGAGCCGGACUCCGUCAAGGUGAUGAUCUACCUAAUCGAGGGGGUGCUGCCCGAGAGCUACUUCGCCAACAACCUGCGCGGGCUGUCCGUGGACAUGGCGGUCUUCAGGGACCUGCUGCGUCUGCGACUGCCCCAGCUGUCCCGUCACCUCGAGCACCUCCAGAUGGACGCCGGGGACAGCACUGGGACGAGCUACGAGCCGCCGCUCACCAACGUGUUCACCAUGCAGUGGUUCCUCACGCUGUUCUGCAACUGCCUGCCCCAGCCCACCGUGCUCCGCGUCUGGGACCUCAUCUUCCUCGAGGGAAACCAAAUUCUGCUCCGCACGGCGCUCGCCAUCUGGGACCACCUGGCGGAGCGAAUCAUGGCGGUGAGCAGCGCCGACGAGUUCUACAGCAUCAUGGGCGUCCUGACCAGAGAGAUCCUCGAGUUCAACCACAUGGACUCGAACCGCCUGAUGAAGACGGUGGUGGCGAUGCAGUGCCCCGAGCUGGCCGCGCUGCGCGACAAGUACAUGUACAACAUCACGCCGUGGACCAGCACCGUGUCGUCGGGGCUGAAGCGCGGCCUGCGCCUCUUCUACACGGAGGACGACUCGGGGGACUCGGGCGACAACUCGGACCAGGACGACGACGAGAGGAUCGCCGUGGCGGCGGCCUUCGGCAUCGCCGACCUCUUCCGGUCGCCGCGGAGGAGAGGUGGCGGCCAGCCCGCCGGACAGCCCGCCGGACGGCCCGCCGUACGGCCCAAGGCCGUGGAGACGCUCCACUGGAAGGACGAGGACAAGCGGAGAAAGUCGGUGGCAGACGGUGCCGUGGCCUUGCCGCCCAGCCGGCCGCGCUCGCCGCGCUCGCCGCGCUCGCGGUCUGGAAGCGCUGACAGCCAGCGCAGCAGCAGCGGCAGCAGCACGUCCACCGAGCUGUGCGACGACCCCGGCCACCCCAGCGAGCCGGAGGAGGACCACGGCGACCUCGAGUGGGACGCCAAGCCGCCGGCCGCCACCAAGGAGGGCAAGGCCAAGGGGAAGCACGCCGUCAAGGCCGCGGACACGGCGCCGCCCGACGCCAUCCUGGUGGACGUGGCCGGGGACGCCGUCGUGGAAACGAAGACGUGCGUCGCUGCCGUGGACGAGAGCGUCAUCGUGGACGUGCAGGUGGAAGCGAGCGCUGCCGUCAACCAGGACCAGGACCUUCUGCAGUGGGACUCGAGGCAGGGCGACGACCAGGGCGACGACCCGGACCCCGAGGAGGACGUCAUGGAGCUGCUGGCACGGCUUCGCGAGGAGGAGCAGGCGCUGCGCUUGGCGGGGACCGCGGGGACCGCGGGGACCGCCGACGCCGCGCAGUUGGCGCCUCCGGCCGACGACGACCAGGCCUCGCCGGAGAGGGUGGUGGCCUCGGUGACGGAGAAGCUGCGCCACAUCAUGGAGCACCUGGAGCACGGGCUGUCCAGGACGCCGUCCGAGGACGCCGCCUCCAGGGACUCCAGGGACUGCUCCUCUCCGACGUCCACCAGCUCGCGGGAGAACCGGCAGCGACUCAUGGAGCGGCUGUUCGGCCGGGAGGGCUCGCUGCUGGAGGGUAGCUUCGAGGAGGCGAGCGCGGCGUCGCUCAAGUCGAGCGCGCUGGAGCUGGACCUCAGCGAGCUGCUCGACGAGGAGGAGGAGGAGGGCCCGCUGCACCCGCUGGACCCGCUGCGCGCGCGGAGUGCCUUCGGCGACGUGGAGGGCGUCACGGCCAGCAGCAGGCGCCGCCUGGACCGCCAGAACAGCGAGAGGGCCUCCAGGAUCAUCCGCGAGAACUCGGAGAUCCUGCAGCGGAUCACGGCGUGGCAGAGCGGCGGCCGCUCCCUCACGCUUCCGGAGAGGAGCGAGCCGCCGGACCUCUUCGCGUCGCCCAGCCCCGUGCACAAGCGGCCGCCGGUGACGCUGCUGGAGUCCGUGGAGGAGGCCUUGCCCGCGGCCUCGCCAACCUCACCCGGGCCCUCGGUGCCCAACACCCCUCUCGCCGCCUCAUCCGUGGAAACCCCCUGCGGGGACCUGGUCACCCUGGCAACCGAGGCGGACACCACCCCGUCGACACUGCCCUCCGCGUCGACGGUCUCGGACCCCGCGACGAGUACCUCGGACCUCGCAGAAGCGAGUUUCACCGCCUUCCUCGGGGCCUCAGUCCCUGCUGCCACCUCAACCACCGUACCCACCACGGCAGACUUUUCGUCUUCGAUACAGCGAAGCAGCACGACGGAACCCUCCAGCGCCUCGGCCUUGGACACUUUAACGACGACAUCGUUCACGUCAACCUUCACUUCCUCCGCUGCACCCACGACUGCAGACUGUUCAACGUCGGCGCCAGAUAGCAGCGUGUCAAAAACCUCAGACGCCUCGGCCUUGAACACCUCGCUGACGAAAGCUCCGCAGGCCGCAUCGUUCACGGCAACCUUCGCUUCAGUCGCGUCCAAGGACGUGCCCUUGUUGGCCCUCUCCAGCACCGCGUCGGAGGCCUCUGGAGCACCCGCGUCGGCCUCGACCCACGCCCCGGGCAGCCCGCGGCUCAGUCGGACGGUGUCGCAGGACGUCCCCCAGGCCCGCCUGUCGGCCGACUUGCUCAAGCAAUCGUCCUUGGACGAGACGCGGUGGUCGGCCUCGGCCAGGAGGCCAGGCAAGCCCACGGAGAGGCUGCAGCUCAUUUUGGACAGCGUGGAGCCCUCGGUGGAGGCCGAGGCAGAGGCGUCGUCGCGAACCGCCAAGCCGCGGUACAAGUUCCCGGAGAUGUCGCCGCUGCCGAUCUCGCCGCUGCAGCCUCUGCCCGGAACCAGCGGCAUCCUCCGGGGCCAGGGCCAGGCCGAGCUCUCCGGGCAGCCCAAGAAGUGGCGGCCGGAGCUGAGUCCCCCGAGCACGCCGGAAGCGGCGGCCGCGGCGGCCGCGACGACGCCGUCGUACCUGCCCCUCCGCGGCAGGCGGGAAGCCAGGUCCCCGACGACGGUCCUCGCGGCCGCACCGGUGGCCCUGGACGCGCCCACCACGCUGCCGGUGCAGACGCCGUCCCUGCCGCGCGAGGGUCCCCGCGACGCGCCGCGCGACGUGGCGCACCACAAGGGCCUCGUGUCCCCCGCGUCGCCCUCCAGCCCCGCGGGCAGCCCGUCGGGGAGGUCGUCCGGGUCGUCCGGGCGCCGGCGGAAGGGAGACCAGUCGCCGGACGCGGCGUCCGCCAGCCUCAAGAGCCCCGUGACCUUCAACCCGUUCCCGUCCAGAACCGCCACCCGGCAGCCCAAGGAGAUCGGAGUGAAGCUCGGACUGUACCCCAGUGCGACCUCGCCCUCCAACCCGGCGAGCAGGAAGGCGGACCGGAUGUAGUCUGCGAGGAUGCCACCGCCAGACCGCGGCGUGGCACACCGCGAAAGCGACAGCGACACCAAGACUGACUCUGCUCCACUCCCUCGUUGCCUUGUCCUCGUCCCCGAACGUGCCUGCCGCGCAUCAAGAGCGGCACCCUCGUGGAGACGCACUCCACGCACCCAUCUCCCUCAGGCAAUACGGAAAUCCUCCGACCACCCUCGAAACUGACUCACCACAAUGCUUAUCUGGUGAUUCCCUGAUCUACGCUCAUUUUACAGUGCAGGUUCCACUAGCAGGAUACUCCGGGCAUGUAUAGUGGGGAUGGAAGUGGAAAAUAGCCAAAACUAAAAUAAUAGAUCUCAUCAAUCGAGCCUGUACAUAUGUAGAAAAUAAUUGAGUGAUGAUAUUUAGGUUAGCAUUCUUCUGUAUUGAGCUGCUAUCUUUACUUGAUACUGUGAUGUACCAGUGAUCUUAAUGUUACUACAUUGGAGUCUUGCUUCUGAACUUCUUCCUAGAUCAAUUCGCUGAGCAAUUCAGAGGCUAAACAAUUAUAAAUAUAGGAAUAGCUUUGAAUGUAAAACCUUUGCUGGUUUUAAAUCAAUUUAUGUGCAGUUAUCGUGAUAUACUAUAUGGGGGGAUGUACAUUGCAUUACAUUUUAGAGCUUAACCAUACAGGUAGAAGUUGUUGUCAUCUUAAACUCAACUCGGACUUGAGUGCCUGCCAAGCAACCCAACAGAUUGACUAUUAUUUCUUUAUUUCCCUUUUUACUUUGUUGUUGAGUUUUGAUUAGACCCAGUAUGGAGCGUUAUGUAAUCCAACUGUGCAAGCUGCCUUGAAUAUACAUAAAAUGGGAAAAGCAUGUCUAACUUACGGUUGUGAUGUAACUGUUUCAUAAGAAACAUUUUUGUGUUUUGCUACUUGACUUAAAGACCUCUGCAAGUUCCUUCAGUAAUAAGUGGCUCAGUUAAGUGGAGCUUAUAUUUCACUUCAUCAUGUUAACUAUCUGCUUGCAAAAGUUAUUUUUUAAAAUGUUGAUUAAUGUGCAAAAUUCUUUCAAUAAAUCUUUCUUUAAUGUUA